AUGGCUUCUUCCGUUGGCUCCGAUGUCUUCGCCAUUCUCGCCCUCCUGACCAUCUCGUCCGCCGUCCUCCUUCUCCUGCGACAUUAUCUCCCUCUCCGAUCAACUCCCGCCUUCCUACUCGUCCCCAUCUUCUUUGCACUGGUCCUACCUACUAGCGCAUUACUUCUUGUCCCCAUCGACCUUGCUUCCAGCGCCAGAGUAUCCAACCAUGGUGGAAAAGGUGUUUGGCUGCCUCAAAGAGCAGUUCUGGUCUCCUGGAGGAUUGUUUACUGGUUGACCUUUGUCCUAACAUGGCUGGUGUUGCCCCUACUGGCCGAAUACAUGGACGCUGGUUACCGAGAUCCGAAAUCCCGCCUGAUAUACUCCUUGCGCUCCAACGCUAGAUACCAAUUGAUCGUGCUCUCAUGCGCCGUGGUGGGUCUGAUAUACAUGAUCUUUUCCUAUGGCUUCGAUUUUACGGCCAUCAAGGCCCUGGUCAUGGCCCUGGCUUAUGUCUGGGGUUUGAUCCUCGCUAUAUAUUUGAUGGGUCAUGGUCUUGUCGCUCUUCCAAGAAAGAUGUUCCGGAAGGCCGAUACAAGUGGUAGCCUGCGCCGAGUCCAAGGCCAUGCCCCUCGUGUCCACGAGAAACUCCAAGAUGCAAUUUCCGCUCUCGACGAACUGGAUGCGCAAGUCACCCAACUCAAACAGAGAAAGACGGGCACUGCUCGUGAUUUUGCCGAAUGGAUUGAUGAACUAGCCGAUUUGGCAGGGCCUCCUGAUUCACGCCUUUUUAUUCCUCCUACUCCCACCGAAUCGAUCACAUCGGUUCCUGCCGUGAUCACCGAGAGGUACUUGGCUGAUCUGACCAGACGAUUAAUCAGGGCCAAAUCUCGAAGGGCGAGAUAUAUUCAUGAGUGGGACAAUAUCGUCCGAUCGGCCUCGGAUCUCCAGACCAUUCUUGACUCCAAAGCCUCCAAGAAACUCAAUUUUGGCCGAUCUACCUCCUUCAUCACUCCCUACAUGCGCUACCACUUAUAUGUCCAUGUCAUUCCUGCUUUUCGAAUCGCUCUCGGAGCCAUCUCCUCCCUCGCAUCCGUCGCCAUCAUUUGGUCCGAGAUCAUCAAAUUUCCCGCUCCCCACUUAUCUGCCGUCAGUCUUACCGUCAUUCAUCAUCCGAGCGAUGAUAACUAUCAGAUUGGUUUCGGGGGACAACUUCUUGCCUCCCUCUGGAUCACCUACAUGUGCGUCUGCGCUCUCAGCAGUGUCAAUGACGUCCCAACCUGGAAUCAACGCGCUCUGGUGAAACGCAAUACUUACGCAGAGUCAGCUUGUUGGUACGCGGGACAAAUUGCGAAAUUGACGGUCCCCUUGGCUUACAAUUUCCUAACUUUCCUUCCCCGUAACAUCCACCAGAAUUCGACAUUUUACAACUUCCUUGGACGAUUGAUCAACCUCACUCCCCUGGGAACCUGGUUUGAUUACCUCUUUCCAAUAUUCAUCCUCCUCCCUGUUUGCGCCACACUAUUCAAUCUAUACAGCAAGAUUAAAAACAUCCUCGGCUUUGGCAUUCUCGAAGAUGACGAAGGUGAAGAAGAGAACCCUUCCGGUUUUGGCACCGGAGGAUGGAGAGAGGGUAGAAAUCUCAUCAACCAAGACCUCCAAGGCAACCGGUCAACUACAUUGGGCUUACGGGAGUCUCCACGAGUGUCUCUGGACACCAGCCGUCCAUCUCGCGCAGCACCUACACGCUGGGUUCCUCCCUCAGAAAGAACCACCGCAUCAGCUCGCAAUGACGGAGGAUCAGGGGCGGUAUCAUCGACCCGAAUAGCCGGCUCCACGCCUCGAAGCCGUCCCGACUUAGAGCCCGAACCCGAAGAAGAGAACUUCUUCACUCUCUUCGGCCGCCGCGUCAAGAAUACCCUGGACACCGUUUCUAUCGACACGCCAAAAUGGAUGCAGCCGAGUCCCACCAGCCCCAAUCAACCCUCGUCCGGCGGCUUCAAGCGGCCGAAAUGGUUCACCGCCGGUGACGGCGAUGGCGACGACUCCAGCACCAAUAACGGUGCGGCAAGUAACUUCCUCGGCUUCUUCGGCGGCGGUGGCGGUGGCAGCAACAGUAAUAGUGGCGGCGGAGGAGGCCGGAUCGUUAUAUGA